AUGCCCCAUAAAAUACAUGUGAGGCCUGGACAAAACGUCAAGAAUUUCAUGACGUUAUUCAGGAACACAGCUUCAACCUCUCAACCCACACAAACGGAUACCUUCUAUAAUCUUAUUCGAACAUCAUCUCUUCAGCAAAUUUUCACUCUUAAAAGAUCACCUUACUUCAUCCGAAUAAGUUAUCAACAGCUUGCAAUCAUGGGAUCAUCACUUUCAAAUUUUUCGGCUAACUCCUACCUCAACGAGCAUGCUUGCUCGGGUCGCAAUCUUACUUGGCAGUAUAUUCACCAAGGUCAUUUACCUUUGCUGGAACACCAUAAUUAUAACCAGCACUCAUUUCCGAAUAUGACCUUGUACAAUUAUUCGGCCUGUCCAGAUGCGACAAGGAUUCUUCGAGCCCAUGGCUGCUGGGACGGUAGUUGCCAGCCAAAUCGAUGGGACGAAGAGUUCAAUCGAUAUGGAUGGGAUGACUGGCAUGGACUUGGCAAUCCAUAUGUCAGGCUACAUGAAGAGAAAGGGGCUGGUAAUGAGGAUCUGUGGUGGCGAAAUAUCCCUCGCCAGAAUCAUUUGAAUAUAAUCUCAACAUACAUCAGCGGAGGAAGGCUCUAUAGCUUUCUUGUUGGUAUAGAUAAGAGUAGACUGAGCAAAAAGCCACGAGAAGGGCUCGGAAGUGGAACGGAGAUUAAAGAUUUCAAGCUGAAAAUUUCCAAUGCCAAUUCCGAUGGAGACAAAAACCCAGGGAAAAAAGCUAAUACCCGCCUUAAAAUACGGAAUCUUAGCGAUAUGACCUGGCACAAAAGUCUUCAGAAUGAAGAAAUCGAGGCCCAAUCUUGGGGGAACCAAAAUGAUGGCCUUACACAUCACAGGCCAUCGACAACUUCUCGCCCUCCUAAUUUUGGAAUCAACUCAGCUGAUCACAAAAUUCUUCGAUAUAGUACGAGAAAAGUGAGUGACUUCGUAGUUGUCGAUCUCUUUCCACCAUUGCAAUCGAUGACUGACAUGAAAAAGUUUCGAAGUAAGAAAACGAGACUGUAG